CAUGCAGGGGGGCGUGCGGCUGCGCGCGGGUGCCUCCAAGCAGGACAUCCGGGAGAAGGUGUGGGACUACCUGGAGGGCAGCGGCCUAGCCGCCUUCCCGCGGCCCGUGCACCGCCGCAUCCCCAACUUCAAGGGGUCUGACCAGGCUUGCUGCUCUAUUAAAGAGCUGGAUGUGUUCAACAGAGCACGUGAGAUUAAAGUGGAUCCUGACAAACCUCUAGAAGGUGUUCGGCUAGCGGUGCUGCAGGCAAGGAAGACUUUGUUAGUUCCCACACCACGUCUGAGAACUGGACUGUUCAAUAAGAUUGUUCCACCUUCAGGUGCAACUAAGGAGAUCCUGCGAAUAUGUGCUACGUCUCAAGGUAUAAAAGAGUACAGUGUGCCUGUGGGUCUUGAUGGGAAAGCACGAGUGGACUUGGUUGUUGUAGGAUCAGUGGCUGUCUCUGAAAAAGGCUGGAGAAUUGGAAAAGGGGAAGGUUAUGCAGACAUGGAAUAUGCAAUGAUGAUGUCAAUGGGUGCAGUGCAGGAAGAUACACCUGUAAUUACUAUUGUGCAUGACUGUCAGGUGGUUGACAUAGCAGAAGAGCUCCUCGAUAAUCAUGAUUUAACUGUGGAUUAUAUACUCACUCCAACAAGAACUAUCAAGACUAAUUGCAAACGACCAAAACCUCAGGGAAUAAUAUGGCAUAAGGUCAGCUAUGAGAUGCUGGAAAAAAUCCCCAUCCUAAAGAGCCUUCGAUACAGAGAGAAGCAGACUGGCAAGGAUGUUACCCUCCAAGAUGAACAUUCAGGCUUGGCAAAUGCCAACGCACCAGCAGUGUCGAAUGAGGCAGCGAUGGCUGAAAAUACAGGACCGCAGGCCGCAACGGGCUCAGCUCAAAUGGGACAACAUUAUGUUGAAAGUGAUUCUUUAAAUCCCAGAUUAGGGGGAUCUGGCAUGAUUACUACCGUGUAUGUGGGGAGCAUACCUCCCAGCGUAAGAGUGAGCGAGCUGAAAUGUGCUUUAAGGGAAUUCAAUGCAACUCCUUUACGACUGAAUUGGCAAGGAGCACAGCACAGGGCUUUUCUCGAUUACAAGGAUAAAGCAACCGCAGAGAGUGCUGUAUCCUCUUUGAAAGGCUUGAGCCUCGGGGGUAAUACUUUGCGAGUUGAGCUGGCCAAGAAUCAGAGAAACAAAGGGCAAGUAGAAAUCAAUAGUCAGAAAUGAAUAUGAAUAGAGGAAAAACAAAUAGGCGUGUUUUCAUUGUUUUGUGAGAAGCCAACCUAAGUUUUCAAGGAUAUUAGUGUAUCCUCUGAUUACUGCAGGCUAAACAACAAAGUGCAAAGCCAACUUUUCAAACAAAUGCGGCAUACAUCUCA